AUGAACAACACUACUGCCAUGGUGCCUCCAAGGAGCGCUCUUCUAAUAGUGGACGUUCAAAGGGAUUUCCUUCCGGAGGGCUCGCUGGCUGUUCCACAGGGCGAUGAAGUUGUUUCAAUCAUUAAUUCCUUGAGGGCUCGAGCAACUUUUCCGUGCGGUGUGUUUCUCUCCAAAGACUGGCAUCCUCCGACACACGUAUCGUUUUGCAACAAUCAUGGAGCUGAACCAUUUUCAGAAAAAACGCUUGUAAGUGGCCACCGGCAAACUCUUUGGCCCCCUCAUUGUGUGCAAGGGACUCGUGGUGCAGAGUUUGCAGGGGGACUGGUGGUCGAGAUGGGCGACAAGGUCAUUUUGAAGGGCACGCAUGAAGAACACGAUUCCUAUUCUGCUUUUUUUGACAAUCUCAAGAAACACCAGACUGAGCUGCAUCAAUGCUUGACUGUGGAAGGUGUGGAUACUUUAUAUGUGUGCGGCUUGGCCCUUGAUGUGUGCGUCCUUUUCACAGUACUUGAUGCAGUAGCUUUGGGUUAUAACACAGUGCUUCUGGAGGACGCAAGUAGGGCGCUGUCCCGCGCUAGCCAUGACAGCGCCAUAUCCAAGAUGAGAGAUGCAGGAGCCACUGUUUCGACCACCAGAGAAGUAGAAUGAUACACUGUACUUUAGAAUGAUAUCAAGUCAUAAUUGUGAUAUGGAGCUGCGAUUGAAGAAUGGGCGUGUAUUGCGCUCCACUUCAGCGUCAGCGUAAAACUAGCUUCACUGCA